CACCACAGGGCCUGACCCUCAGUGACCCGCUGUGACCAGACAAGCGGCGGCCCUCUUAGACAGUGCUCCACCCGCGCGGCCCCCAGGCAUAAAGAGGCCUGGCUCGGAGGCCGCCGUGGACGCCAGGAGGACCGACCCAGCGCGCCCGCACCAUGGCCAUCCCCAGCCUCGCCUGCUGCCUGCUCGGCCUCCUGGCGCUGACCUCCGCCUGCUACAUCCAGAACUGCCCCCUGGGCGGCAAGAGGGCCGCGCUGGACCUCGACGUGCGCAAGUGCCUCCCCUGCGGCCCCGGGGGCAAAGGGCGCUGCUUCGGGCCCAGCAUCUGCUGCGGGGACGAGCUGGGCUGCUUCGUGGGCACGGCCGAGGCGCUGCGCUGCCAGGAGGAGAACUACCUGCCGUCGCCCUGCCAGUCGGGCCAGAAGCCGUGCGGGAGCGGGGGCCGCUGCGCCGCCGCCGGCAUCUGCUGCAGCCCAGACGGCUGCCGCGCCGACGCCGCCUGCGAGCCCGAGGCCGCCUUCCCCCAGCGCUGAGCCCGACGGCGCGACGGCCCCGACGCUGUGGAAGCGCGCGCCGCGCUCCCUCCGCUGCCACCCCCAGAAACCAUGAAAAUAAAAUAAAGCAGAGUUUUC